AUACUAGUUGGGUUCCUUACCACUGAGCCAUGAUGGGAACUCCUGGAUGGGGCCACUUGAAAGCUCCGCUCAGUGCUCAGAGCCUGGCACCAACCGUGCGCCUUGGGGAGACACACGUGCACGCGUGCGUGUGCAUGUGCUGGAGGCCCGAGCCUUGCGCCCACACCCCUGUGUUGAGGAGUCUGGCCAUCACCCUGCAUGCUGCAGUCUGGGGGCCCCCCAUCCCCCCACUCUCUCUGCCCCUCCUUUCUGCCCAGUGCCAACACCUCCUUCCUGCAAGGCUUCUGGUGCCAGCCGGCCAGCCAGCUGUCUCGGGAGCAGCUUGCCGCUCUAAUCAGGCGGAUGGCAACACAGCGGGUCCUCCUCAGAGCCUGGCAGCUCAGCUGCCUGGCCAACCUGGCUGCCCAGCAAGGCCUCCAGGGCGACUUCGAGCUCCACCCCCCCAACCUGCUGCUCUUCUAUGAGUGAGUGCCCUCCCUGCCC